UGAAUUUCUGCCCUCAACCCCACCUCCAGCAUCCCUUCCCCCUUACCACCGCCAUUUGGAUUCCCAGCCACCAUUUCUAGACCAUCCAAUCAACCUCGGCAUUUCCGCCAGAAUAGCCAGCGCAUCCCCAUCCCAGCUGCAGCGACCAUUCUCUCGCGUCUUGGAAAUCACAAAUUCCCACGAAAUGUUCGCCUGCGCAGCAGCCGCGCCCUCCGUUCCUUCCUCGCUGCGGGUCGCAGACUCCGCGCGCUCUGCUCGCAGCCACGCUCCAUGCAAUGCGCCGACUCUCAAACACUGGAGCUGCUCUUCCGCGCGCGCGGCUAUCUAUCCUCGCUUUAAGCUAUCUGACCGGGAAAACGGGAUGGGAGCGUCCCAGUUGGGUUCCAACAGGUCGGCAUGCUUCCAAGGCGCGUCUCGCAUCUCCUGCCAGGCUCAUGCUCAGGCUGCUGAGAGGCGAAACUCCCAGAAACGGCCGCCACGUCUCUCCACCCACGCAUCUAUAGACGCCUUCGUGAUCGCAGUCGAGGACACACUCCUUAACCCCUCCUCCCAGCACCUCCUACCGCCAGCAGCCGAGGCUCUUAAAUCCACCUCCCUCCCCUUCUACCUCCUCACCUCCUCCUCCUCCUCGGUCUCUCCUGCUGACGUCAGCAUGUUCUUAAAGCGAGAUGCUGGGGUGGAUAUUCCCGAGGACUCUCCUCGGAUCAUGAUGGCUGGCAGGGGAGGUGGAGGAGAGGGGAAGCUGGCUGCUCUUUUAUCUGUCAACAGCCGGCCUCUAGCCCAGGACCCAGCCAACACCAUGCAUUACAUCGAUGCCGAUCUCACUGCUCUCAACCGUGCCGCCAGCCAACCAGAGCUCGCCAGGUGGCAGCUGUACCACGCGCAGUGGAGCGAGGGAGCAGGGAGCAACGAGGGGACGCGUGAUCCUCGCAUCAAGCCGAUUGUGCUCAAGGAUUUUGACGAGCUUCUCAGGUGGGGUCUGCUCAUGGGAGUGAACGACGGGUGCCAGGAGUAUGAGGACGGCACGCCAGCUACGUGACACAGCGGCACCAUUGCAACAGGGUACAGUAAUAUCUGUCGUAAUAUUAAUAAGUCAUAAUCAACCCCAAGGACCUGGCUGAGCUUUUCCUAAGGAUUUGCUGAUGGGAUCUUGGGAUGGGAGUCAGCAGUGGCUGUGCUGCAUGCCAGGAGUACGAAUGAAGGCGGCAUGCCGGCUGCACAGCUUGUGGUUGCAGUUAGAACAGAGCAGAGAAGAUUCUGAGCAUAUCUACCAAAUCAACUACAAUACCAUUUCCGGUGUAGGUACUUCUCUUGUUUGUUCUGCUGCCUCGGCUUGAGCCCCGUGAGGCGAUUUCCAUGAAGUUGG